CCGCCGACGCCGCGUCCUCCACGGGCCAACAGGUUGAUUCCGGCGAGCCUCUUCGGACGACCCGCGCCCGCCAGCGCUGUUUUCUCGCCCCCAUCUGCCGCAAGACCCGAGCCGCCGUGUCGUAGCCGCUCGCGCAAACCCGGCUUUCUCCGCCAAGUGCACAAACCCCUCCGCACGGAAAGUGUGCUCCCCAGCGCCCGGAGGUUCUGCACCCCGGAAGUGAAACCGGCGCGAGCGAUCAUCACUCCGGACCGCGGCUUGGCCUCCGGAGAGCGGGAGGAGCGCAGCGACCUCGACUAUCGGAUCGCGAACGGCCUCCCUCCCACUUCGGGCGCCCCCCCACCCCCCUUCACCCAUCGCCACCCCCCUUCGAGUCCGUUCUCCCCCCGAUCGCUCGACGACCGCUCCCAAGUGGAAUCUGCGUCUGGUUUCGGUUUCAGUUUACGCCUUCACCGCUUACCGACCUGUCGGUUUGCGGGGUGCCAAGUGGGGUUCGGUGCUUUAGACGCUUGCCGAGUGACCAGUGCGUUGGCAUCGUCCUUGCGCGUUCACGGUGUACUGGACGUCGCCUUUCGUCGUUGUUGGAACCGCCACCACCGGCGGGGCACAGCGCUCGUCGGUGCUGUGUUUCGCUGACCGUCGCUGUGUGAGGCUGUGAACGGCGUGCUGUGUACAUCGCGUACCGUACUUCGCGUGUGCCGGCGUGGACCUCUGCGUCAACCCUCUUCUGCCGCAGGCGCCUUGAUGUACGUACCGUCUCGUGUCUCAAUGGUAGCGCGUGCGAGAAGCGCGGCUCUCCCCCUCUCCACACCGAUCAACAUCAGCCCAUACCCGGCCCGGAGCGGAGCCUCGGGCUAUGCGACCCCCCGCCACUGAAGACCACAGCGCCCUGAACGACUCGAUACCGGCGGAGGACGCCCGGCAGACAGAUCUCACAAUCCAGCAGCUACGGGACCAAGUGGGCCAAGACAGCGUCACAUUACAGAUCCCAAGUGCGGAGCGGCUGUUGGAGCUUCAGCGGCAGUUGGCGGACAAGGAGCGGGCACUGCAGGAGUCUCAGUCCCAGGUCUGCCUCAAGCUACACGAGGCUGAGGACAAGAUCUCACAACUCGAAAGUGCCUUGGAACACACCCAGUGUGAACUGCUGAAAGCUAGGGGUAAAUCGGACACCAAUGGAAGCCGGUCCGAUGAAAUGGAAAUGCUCAUGACCGACUUGGAACGUGCAAAUCAGCGCGCCGUGGCGGCCGAGCAGGAUUCGGUGCUGUUGCGAGACCAGCUGUCUGACAUGGACUCCUCGUCGCCGCCUCCGCCGUCCUCGGCGCGGGACUCCGCGUCACCCUCGAGGACAGCGCUCGAGCUACAGCUCGCCUCCAAGGACAAGGAGAUAUCUCAACUAGUCGAAGAUAUUAGGAAGCUGCAGUCGGCAGUGGAUUCUCUAAAAGAGACAAGUGCCUCACAGAUUGCUCAACUCGAAGGAAUGCUCGCAGAAAAGUCUAGAAUCAUCCAAGAGCUCGAAGACAGGCUGGACCGACAAAAGGAUUAUGACGACAUCAAAAACGAAUUGAGGAACCUCAAGAUGUUGGAGGACAGUGACAACCCCAGCGACGACCAAGAUGAGAAACCCGCACUGGUGUCGCCGAACAACAACAACAACAACAACUGCGUCGAUCUCGUGCUAUACGGCAAGAAUCGGACGAGACUUUCGCCUCCUCUCGCAAAGGACGACGCCGGUUCCCCGCAUAGCCGGUUGCAGAACGUCGAAGCGUUCGGCUCGCUGCUCGGCGAGGAGAUCGUCUCGUCCUUCUCGCGCAUGCUGAAGAGCGAGCAGCCGAUCGUGACGAGCCCGCCGGCGACGCCCAAGUCCGUGGACGCCGACGCCAUGUCCACGGGCACCGACACCUCGACGGGCAGCGGCCGCGGCGUGGCGGACGAGGCGGCCGGAGCGACGCCGCCGACUCCGGACCCGGUGAUCGGCGCGUCUCUCGAGCGCCUGCAGGAAUGCCUGCGCCAGAACAUGGAGCGGCACGCGUGCGAGGCACUCAACACGCAGAACGUGUCGCGCGCGGUACGCGAGUUGCUGAGCGCGCACAACGUGGGCCAGCGCCUGUUCGCGCGCUUCGUGCUCGGCCUGUCGCAGGGCACAGUGAGCGAGCUGCUCUCCAAGCCCAAGCCCUGGGACAAGCUUACCGAGAAGGGCCGCGACUCGUACCGCAAGAUGCACGCCUGGGCCUCGGACGACUUCUGCGUCUUCAUGCUCAAGUCACUCGUUCCCAAGAAAGGCAAGGAGUCUGGCGGCUCCAGCGCGUCCAGCCGCCAGGAGGACGCGGCCGCGGAGGAACGCAUCGCGCAGAUCCUCAGCGAGGCCCAGCAAGCCAUGACGAUGCCGUUGACCAAGGAGCGCAGCCCGGCGCCCCCAUCGUCUGGAGCGCAGAACGGCGCAGCCGACGACUCUCACGCCGACAGCGACCCGGACGGCGACGGUGGCGCCAACAACACAAACAACCAGCACUCUUCGGCAUCUCACAGGGAUGCCAAGCGGUCCAGCCGGAAGUACGAAAACGACGACAUACCACAGGAGAUGGUGGCGCGCAUCUACCAGGAGGAGCUGGCCAAGCUGAUGGGUCAGCGCGUGGAAGAGAGCUUCCGGCAACAGCAGUACGACCGCACGCACGAGGAGAUCCGCCAGGCGCUGUCCAUCUACCACCACGAGUUGUCGCGGCUCUCGCAGCUCGCGCUCACGCCGGGCCACGAGUUCGCGCGUUUCGGCGCGGCCGCCCUGCCCGGCGCGCUGCUCAACGGGGCCUUCCCGGGUCUGUCGCUGGCACCCGAGCUGAGGGGUGGCCCCGGGGCGGCAGCGGCUGCUUCGGCCGCGGCGGCGGCUGCGGCUGCGGCUAGAGUUGCGGCCGCCGACUCAGCCGAAGCUAUGCGAGCGGCGCACGAACAACAGCAGCAGCAGCAACAGCAGCAGCAGCAGCCUCCAGUGUCGCAGCAGCACCAGCGACGAGGUGGCUCGUCCCUGGCUGCGCAGUUGGCCCCGCGGGACUGGCACAAGCAGCGCGGCGGCAACAAAUACAGUAGUGCAUUCUCGCUGGUGCGGCCAGGCGUCAAGUUCCCGGGCGCCGGUUCGACCCCGAGCCCCCCGGGCGCCGCUGGCGUCUUGGGCCUGUCCGACACGCCACCCGGUGGUGCAGCGCCCGAGGAUCUCGGCUCUUCGCCGCUGCAGCGCAUGCAGUCAAUCACCAACUCGCUGCUGACGCAGACGGCGACGCCGUCCAUGCCGACGACGAAUCAGCGACAGAACAAGGCCGUCCUUCCGCCAAUCACGCAGCAACAGUUCGACCAGUACAACAACCUCAACACCGAGGAGAUAGUCAAGAAGGUGAAGGAGCAGCUGAGCCAGUACUCAAUCAGCCAGCGUCUGUUCGGCGAGAACGUACUGGGCCUGUCCCAGGGCUCGGUGUCCGACCUGCUGGCGCGGCCCAAGCCGUGGCACAUGCUGACGCAGAAAGGCCGCGAGCCCUUCAUCCGCAUGAAGAUCUUUCUCGAGGACGAGAACGCUGUGCACAAACUGGUCGCCUCGCAGUACAAGAUCGCCCCCGAGAAACUCAUGCGCACCUCGGGUUUCACCGCCGCGUCCAGCCCGCUCGGUGGGUCCCUUUCACCGCGGCCAAGCGAGCUUCAGCGGGCCUUUAGAGCCGGUUCGAGCAAGCUUCCCGCGUCCAGCGCAGCGGCGGCCAGGGCUGCCGCGCGCGACAUGCCCUCACACCGCAACAGCCACUGUGACAACGCGUCUCCGCUGCUCGGCAAGGGGCCCUUCAGUGCCUCACCCGAGUUGCAGGUGGCGCUCAUGCAACAGCACCACCACCAACAGCAGCAGCAACAACAACAACAGCAGCAACAGCAGCAGCAACAGCAGCAGCAGCAGGACUCCCGCGUGGCGAUGUACGCGCCGCCCUCGAGCCCUACGGCGGCCGCCCGCAAGGGCCACUCUCACCACCCGAGCGGCGGUGGCCGGUCCCUGCCGUACGUGCAGCCCUCGGUGUACGAGAUGGCGGCGCUCACGACCGACCUGGACACGCAGACCAUCACGGCCAAGAUCAAGGAGACGCUUAUGGCGCACAACAUCGGCCAGAAGAUCUUCGGCGAGGCCGUGCUGGGGCUGUCUCAGGGCUCUGUGAGUGAACUGCUGUCCAAGCCCAAGCCAUGGCACAUGCUUAGCAUUAAGGGCAGGGAGCCUUUCAUCCGCAUGCAGCUCUGGCUUAACGACCCGCACAACGUCGAGAAGCUGCAAGUCAUCAAAAACGAGCGCAGAGAAGCGAACAAGCGGCGCCGGACGCACGUGGACCUGGAGGCGGCCCCGCGGCCCAUGGAGGCGCAGCCCCCUUCGCUUCCGGCCCUGACGGCCGGCGCCGGGAGCUUCCCGUUCGCGGCACCGCCCUCCCCAUUCCCGGCGGCCAAGAAACCGCGCGUGCUCUUCUCGGACGAGCAGAAGGAAGCGCUGCGGCUUGCCUUCUCCAUGGACCCGUACCCGAGCACUGCCACCAUCGAGUUCCUCGCGGCCGAGCUGGGACUCUCGGUGCGCACCAUCACCAACUGGUUUCACAACCACCGCAUGCGGCUCAAGCAGCACGUCGUCUCUCCGGGGCCCGACGAUAACCAGUCGCGAAGUGAGCCACCCCCGCCGACGCUCCUCGGUCCACCGCCCGGUUCGCGCGAGGGCUCCGCCUCUUUCGACCCCGCGCUGUUCCGGGGCCUCCUCGUUCAGCGGCUCGCCGAGAUGCACGGGAGCGGCGGGGACAAGAGCGGGCCGAGUGCUUUCGGUGCGGGCAGCGGCGGCGCCCUCACCCUGAACGCCUACAACAGCUACUCUCCGUCGUCGCAGCAGGGCAACGACGAAGGGACGCUGGACCUGAGCAUGUCGUCCAGCCAGGCGUCCUCGGGCCGCAAGACGUGGGCUCGCUGCGGGGGAACGCCCACCGAUGACCUGGACGACUCUAACUUGUCCCAGGAUGAACCGGCGGCCGCAGGAAGUGACCGCGACUCGCUCAAGGAAGAGAGCAUCUCGACGCCUUCGCCAGCGCCGCCGCGCAGCGCUGCCGUCGGCGCGUUGGCUCAGCACAACAGCUACAGCAGUCGACGGCGGAAACCGGCGGCGCCCAAGUGGGUGGACCCGGGCCUGUCGCCGGACUCGGACGACGCCGAGGAUGACGACGCGAGCGCGAACGCGGACGAUGAGUGCGGCGUGGCUGGAGGUGAUGCGGAAAGCGCCAUCAUCAACGGGGUCUGCGUCCGUCAGACGGCCGCCGCCGGAGACUUCGGGCUGCGGCUUCGCGAGACGGUGCGGGUGGACCCCGUGGCUGCCGCCGACGAGGCCCGCAAGAGUGCCGAGAGAGACGAGAUGGAGGAGGACGAAGAAGAGGAGGAGGAGACGGCACUCGAGCUGUGCACCACCGCCAAGAAGUCGAGCAGUAGCGGCGACGGGAUUCGAAAACUAGAGCAGAGGCUCGACAACCGCGGCGAGGAACGCGGCGACGACUGGGAGUUCUAGAGUAGAACACGUCGAGGCACGCAGCUGCCCACGUCUAGUGCUAUAGCCCGUUCGAAGCCUCCGCCCGAGCAGCGUCGAAACCGAAGUAGUGAUCCAACUCGGUUGCCAGCUCCGUGACUUCGCACACGGCCCGUCCCUGCCUCCCAAUGUCAAUAUUAGGCUCACCGCCUGAGGUGUGAGACCGGUGCAAGAAUCGCUUCCACCAGACGAAACCCUGCGACUCGGUGAUUUCAGUGGCCGGCAAAGUUGAGGGGCCACACCUCUUUUUUUUUUUUCUAAACAGAACAUCGCCUGGAACAGGUUUCGCAGUUGUGAAAGUACUCGUUGAACUAUAGUUGGAAGCGGUGGUUGGUUUGGGGCUUCUGCGACGACGCAAUACGCGCCCUGUGAACUCAUUGUGGGCAAUGUGACGCGCAUGCGGGACUGUCGCGCGCCGUUUUCACCCACUCGGAGCCACCUUUUCUUCUUCGAGCCCGGUGCAAUGUGGCCUUAGCUCUCACAUUCUUCGCUUCUCUUGUUUGUGUUGUUGUCCUUUCAAGCAUUGACGUAUUUGACUAGACUUUUGCGCCCACGAGCCGAACUCUGAACGACCAGAUUAUGACGUCAUACCGUGCUCCGAGUGCAGCGAACCUGUGUCUAUGUCUCCGCGCAGAACUGUGGUCUAGAACCGUUCGUUGUUUUUACGUUUGUACGUUUUUAAGACGUGUUGUGAUGUUUCAUUUCUCUGUGGCUUGCGGUGAUUGACACUGUUGCUGCGUCAGCCUUACAAAUCUCGUUGACGUGGUUUUCAAGCCGUAGCAAGCUAAUCUUCGUGGCAUGAGCCCAGCGUUUUCUAUUAAUAUAGAGGCAUUUGCGUAUGCUGGGGCGCACACGCAAAAGUACCGGCUGCUAUCUCGGCAAUGUAUUUUAUCGUCGCCGCUCUAAGGAAUGCCAUCGACUUUUUGCCUCUCAUGAGCACUUGUUAGUUAACUUGGCUGACCAAAGGUCUCUUACAUCCCACCAAAUGUAGCCGUGUCAUUUAUGACCAUGCAGCCUCGCGCAAAAUCGCAACACGUCACCACUACUUGUGCAAUGGAAACUGCGUAAUACUUGGUGCUUUUCAUGUAGAUACAGGAAGAAGUCGUAUUCAACCAGAUUUUGUAGCCGAGAAUUUCGAGCGUAGCAUCUGUAUGCGGGCGCGAGCUGACUACUGGAAAGCAUUUGCCCCCUGUCAAAUUUCUGAGUGGAAUAGACGCAAGAAAGUUAUGUUAGCCUGUUUCCCGGCGUUAUUGGUUCUUAAGCUGUGAAAGUACUCGUUGAACUAUAGCUGGAAGUCCUGCCUCAGACGUUAUUCUGCCAAGUCUCGCAUUCGUCGCCAUUGCCAGUCUUUGCGAUUUAGACAGCCAUCCGGCGAACGCAGUUUCCUCGAAUGGCUUCGCCGUCGUGACUGGCGAAAGCGAGCGGCAAGAGUCCAUUAACGACGCCGCACUGAAGCAGCAGAGAGUCGGCGGGGGAAGAUCCACACGAAGCCAAAGACGUGCACAGAAGCUUUAGCGGCGGCCACUGUUGUCCUUAUUGAACACGGGAACCGACUGUGUCCCUUCUUCGCAGUGAUUUCAUAACACGGAGCUCGAGUGUCUUGUCCCAGAGCUAGUGGUAUUUAUGCACACAUGUUUUAUAUAUUUCUUUUUGAACUCAGUCACGCCUUUGUUACCGCCUAGUCCCCUAUUAUCUGUGCUAUGUCCGCUGUCAGUACGUGCUAGUCCCAUUCUUCGCCUAACAAGCAGCCGUUGAAUGCCUUCCGUGAAGAAAAAAAGAAAGAUGCUCCCACGUUCGUUCUCACGUUCGUAGUUCUCACGUGGGAGGCCGAAAAGUCGCAAGCUGUCCGCAGAUGCACUUGUUGCAAUGAAAUGACCAGGAACCAGUCGUUUAGCCCCUCCUUAGUGUUCUGUCUUUGAUCGAGACCACGUUAAUAGGUCAUGCUAAGAAAAAAAAGAAGAUGUCACAACACCUACUAAGUUACAAGAGCAUUGAAAAUGACGGUGUAGUUCAGCCACAGCAUGCAUGCAUGCAUUCAAAUAUGCUCCCUAUUCGUAUUUCGUCCUUCCUUACCUUACGUAGCCCUGCACAUUUUGAUCCGCGAUCUUCGAGUAAUCGAACUUGGAAAAGGAACUGCACGCGUUAUUCGGUACACGCGUAGCACUACUGCACGGGCUAUCAGCAAUUCAAGAGCAUCCGCUGCGUGCACCUCGAAUGACCAACGCGAAACUACAAGAAGCAGCGCACACGUUUGAGGAGCUAACAUUCUGCUGCCAGUUGUAAUGGACUUAGGCACCGACACCAACAGCGAUGUGAUGGUACAGGUAUUGCGUUUGAGCUGAUUUGUGAUGGCAAUGUUUUCUUUUUAAUCGACAUGUGAUAACAGCUUUGCGUGUGUGAAAUGAUGCGAAACGCAUCAUGCCAGCAUUGCACGGGCCUGACAAGCCCCGACAAGCUGGAGAAUAGCACCCCGGUGACACUGUAGAUACAUGAUGCCUGGCGCGCGUGUGUAGCGGCGUUAGGCCUUGCCCCUCGCGUCUGCUUCCUUGCCCGACUAGCGUCUGGCCCCAAAAUAUAGGACUGCCUUUUUGAAGAAUAGCUUCACUCCGCUUUCUUGCGCGUGUACUGCUUUGCGUAGACAGGAUUGUCGGCAUCCGAUUCUUUCCGACGUGAUCAUUUUCUCCAUAACUUUUCUUUUUCUUCUCUGUUCCAGUGAACAUAACGAACAAUGUGUGUGCUUAGACUUUCGUGAGCGUUCAACUUUUCCUCUUUCCCUUUCUAAGAAUGUCGACGAGCUCGAAAAGGCCGAAUGUGCCACUAACAGGUCUCUAGAAGACACGCGAAUACGUUAUCGUUACUGGUUAAACGCCGAUCUGUAUUCUGUAUAGUGGAAAUCGAAUCGAAGCCCUAAGCAAAAAGCAAAACGGCUUCGUUGUUACAUCCCUAGAUUAGAAAAACCGCCGUUUCCAAUGCAAUCGUCCAAUCUCCCUACUGUUUUCUUUCUCUCUCCAAGUCGAGCCGGGCUCAUUUCUCGCUCGCUGCAGCUGGUUACUGACCCCCUAGGGGCGCACUCGUUUGCUCAGCUUUCCUUCGUGCUCGAUAAGUGCCAACUGGUGGGGUUAAAAUGAAAAAGCAAACCGUGAACUUUAUUCGAACCUACCCCCAUGACUUCUACAGGCAAAAAUAAAUAAAUGAUAAUAAUAAUAAAAGAGGGGCGGGGACUCGCGCGUUCUUUGGGUGCACAGUAGUAUUUACCCCGGAACGAGUGUAAUCAUCUUUCUUCUCCAGUAGGUCCAACAGCUGCGCUUAGGACAGCUUUCAUACGAUGCCCAGAGUCACUGGCUCGUGAGAGCGUUGUACGCAUGUAUUCUCGGCCGACAUUGUUCUCUCUUUGAAACAGUCGACGGUGCAUUCAAUGCACCGUUGAGCUGCACACUGGCGCGAGUUCACCGGCAGGUGUCCGUUGACUGUCAACCUGACCCGGUGCCGCGCGAGCGCCCUCUCGAGGGGCACACGCCACCUUUCCACUUUCCCCUCAAGCUUUGGGAGUCUGACUCCACCUGUGUAUAGACCCGAGUGCUGAACACCUGACUCUGUGUGUGUGUGUGCGCGCGCGCGUGCAUUCGCGAUGUGGCUGUUGUACUCUCUUCUGAGUGUUUUGUCUCGGACAAUGCGAAGUUGCUUCUGUUUUGUUUUCCCUUGUUCAUUUUCACACGUGCAAGGAUCGACAAAUGUUACAUAUAUAAAUAUAUAGUAUACAUAAGUAUAAAUAUAUAUACAUAUAUAAACGUAUGCGAUGACCAGAGGCGUGUGUAAAUACUAUACAUAAGCAUACCGUCGAGUAAGCUCUGUAGCAUACCAAGCCUCGGCUUAAACGCAGCUCUGAGUGCACUAACUCUGGCGUAGGGUGCGCACCUCGCUUUACCGAUGGUGUGCAGUUUCGGGCUGCGGUUGAAGGGGGGCUAGCAAGACAUAGUCAAAAGCCAUAGUUGAAGCACAACGUUCCCCAUUCCAACUCCCCUCCUAAUUAUCGUUUCCACUUAAAAAAAAUGAUUUUCGGACUUUUAUGCCGCUUAUUGUGGUGCUAAAACACGACGAAAAUGUGGUGAUGGGAAUGCAAGAGCAUUUAGAACAUAAAGCUUUUUUCUUCUUUUUUUUUAAAGUAAGAAGGACAGAGAAGUGUUGCUUUUUUUUUUUUUCGACGCCCUGUUCGUGUUUUUUAGCAUUUGUUUUUCGUCGACGGCUCAGAACUGUCACACUUGACAUUGUACAUAGACGAUCCCGGUCCUCGCAUGGUUAUGUAGAUCACGCAUACAUAUACCGCGUACAUAUAGCGUAGGUGCGAGAUUUCAUUCUCCAGUCCCAUUCAAACCUUUGAGCGCUCUCCUGUUCAGAUAACCCCGUAUUUGCUACGCCUAUUGCGUACGUGUCACUCAAGUUGUCGAUAAAAGAAAGAAGAAAAGACACGAAUUAACCUUCGGGGACGUUCGUACCCCCUUGCGUAAGCUAGUGAACACACCCGUCUCAUCGUCGCAUACACAUUUAUACGGAGACACGCAGUGCGUUAUUUCCGUUAUCUCAACCUGUCACUCAUCAAUCAUGGGAAAGAGCUGAUGGUAGUAGCCACAUCUCUUUUUAUUUUACUUUUUCCUUGCAAAGAGACUAGGCUAGCAGAUAAAACGUCCUCCCCUGUCACAUUCCUUCACCGUAGUUGCUGUCUUGGCCUUUCCGACAAUUUUCUAACACGCGCGAUAAACGUUGCUGCUUCUCCCUGAGGAAAUGACAGUUGACGUACAUAAUUCGCUCCCGCGCGAAGCUUUCCAGUGGUCCCUUGUUACGCAUGGCGGUUAACUUCAUUUGCCGAGUUAACACGGUGGGGCGAUUCCGAUGCCAAGGUUCGUGCUCUCAUUAGAAUGUCCUGUGUUAGAAAGUCUUUGGUCGGUCAAUUGAGUUAGCUCCGUCUGUAGCGUAGUUGCUUUGUGUUAACACUACUUUGCUUAGUUGUCUAUUUGGGGCCGCUAAAAUGAUGAUCGGGUAAUCAACAACGCCGCUUCCUUUCUUUUCGUUUGGGAACGCUAAAAAGAUUAAAAGAAGAAAUGCAAUUAUCGGAGCCACCUAGACUGUGCUGCUGAACCUCGCGAUUCUCUUGAAAUGCUGAAUGACGUGCGAUUUUUUUCUUCUGCCUUUAGUUCUCGCGACUGGUCUAUUUAAAAAGCCCCUGUUUUUCAUUCGUAUGGAAUAUGUGAUACAUCAACUGCCACUUGGGUGUACAUUAUACAUAUACAUACAAAUAUAAAUAUAUACAUAUAAAUAUAUAAAUAUAUAUAAAUAUACAUACAUUAUAUAUCUGAUUGCUUGUUGCCUUCCAUGAAUGUGUACACAGUCAUGCGAAAUCCAUCGACCGUGUAAAUGAACCGAGUGUCGAAAUGGAACGAUCGCCAGGUCCUGCUCCCAUAUACUUGCGUGGCCAGGGCCUCCGUAUGUCGCAGCUGGAAGAAAAGAAAAACCAAAUCACCCUCGCGUUCGUUUGAUGCUCUUUUUUUCCCACUCUCCGCUCCGGUGUUUCUUACCUCUUCUAUGGUGCGCUUGUGUUGUGUGUAUUUUUAAGGUUUGCAAGAGGCGAUGCCUCAAAAAAAAAAAAAAUGUGGGCAGCGAUGCAGUUACAUGCCUUCCCCUGUGAUGCCACUCUCGUUCAUCGUGGUGCGCUGUCUCUCAAUACAAACACGGAGAUAUCUUGCCCGCACCCUCUCCCAUCCCUUACGACUUCGUGCAAUGUAAUUUAUAAACCAUCAUCUUCCCGCGUAAGUGUUAUUAUUUUUUUUUUAAGUUCACGCUCGCUCACUCGCGUUGUUCAAAGAACCAAAGGACUCCUUGUGUACCGUUUUGCUGUCGAGUGUGUUUUAUUAUUACUUUUCUCGCGAGGAGAGAGCGCUUUCUCGGCGUGCUGUUUUCUCUUUUACUCGCUUGUCUCCGUUAGCUGACUUGUUGCGAGGGCGGUGACAGCUUGACAGUUUCUUUUUUUUCAUGUGUGUGUGUGUGUGUGCAUGUGUGUGCUCAUGUUAUUAUUGUCAAUUCUCAGUGGCUGAUACCCGUUCGGUGCACCUUGACGCUUCAGCUCUCUCCCCGACCCAACCGACAUCAGCCCGUAUGCACGCACGUUUUUUUUUUUUUUCGUCUCUAAAAGCAGCAGCGGAUGCGAGAGCUGUGUAUGUUUGAUAUUAAGAAUCCAUAUUACUAUUUUUAUUCUACUUUCAAAUAAUAAUAAAGUUGAUCUUUGCCCGUGUCUCUCAGCA